GCCACUUCUUAAUUUCAUCCAAGUGAGUGUAGCUGUCUGUCCGCAUCCAUCCAUCCAUCCACCCAUCCAUCCACCAAGCGUGUCGUUUCGUCCAGUGGAGAUGCACUCCCAGUCAGUAUGUCAUGCCGAGUGCCAAGUGAAUGCCAAACGAUAUGGGCCCAACAAGAUGCUGCACAGAUACAGACAGGAUUGGUGUCAAGACAGACGACUCAACACACAUGCCUACACACGAUGGCCACUUAUUCAUUCAUCCAAGUGAGUGAAGCUGUCUGUCCGCAUCCAUCCAUCCACCCAUCAAUCCAUCAAUCCAUCGUAUCCUUCACUCAAUCCAUCCAUCCACCAAGCGUGUCGUUUCGUCCAGUGGAGAUGCUAGUCCCAGUCAGAACUAACUAGUAAGAAGUGUAUCUCUGCAGUGAGGGCGGCGGCAGGGUGAUGCCGCACUCAUGACGCAGCUCGUCCUGACACACACACCAACAUGUAUACGAGCGAAAGAAGGCCUCCUCGCCUCACUCACCAGUGGUCUGUCGAGCCACUUCUCAACAUAGACUAAAUGCAGCGGCCUCUUGACUUUCCUCGCAGCAUCAAACGCCUGCAGCACAUCACCAACAGGGAGCACCAAGCACGUGUGUGAACGUUGAUCGAAGCCACCAUCUUCUCAUCGCUGCCUGCCUGCUUACCCAUGGCAGCAGCUCAUUGAGUAGUAUCCUUCUGGGGUAGAAGACCUCCCUCUUCUGGUACUUGAGGCCCUCAGCGGGACGCAGCGGCACCUCCAGAGGAGACGAAGCCGCCUCACUACUGCUGCUGCUGGUGGUGCUGGCGGGGGAUGUUGACGGCUGAGAUGGCUCGCUCGGCUGGCCUCUGCUCGAUGGCCCUGCAGCUGUGGUCUCCCCCUGAGGCGCAUUGGUGCUGCUGUCGAUUGGUUCUUGCCGCACCACUGGUGCUGUGAAGGCCCCGACAAAUGUGCUCAACACCGUCAUCUGAGUGACGCAGGGGAGAAAGAGGUGGUAUGCGUGUCUGUGUGCGCAGGUGUCCGUGUGUGGGCGUCACGCCACUCACCGGCAGCUUCGUUUGCGUCAUUUCGAUGGCCUUGAGGGCCACUUCGCACUCGACAGACGUGUUGAGGCUGAAGGCCACGUGCGCAAAGUCGUGGAGCUGAACCGCACAGACAUCAACACGAACACCGCGACAGCCAGAGACGAAGUGGGUGAGUGCGUGUACUCAAUGGAUGGAUAGCACCUACCCGACCUGUCUGUAUCGUGUCAUGACGUAUGCCAGGUUCUCGUCGUCGACAUACUUAACAGGGUCACGCUCAUGCGGGUGGUACCCAAACGUGUCCAGGAAGCGGACGUACUCGCGACUGACCACACACACACACAAUGGCUGCUUAUGACUGCCCAGCAACGAAUCUGGUCAUCUCACUCAUAUUAGUACCCCAGUGUGCCGCGUGGCAGCUCUCUAAGCCGGUCCAGCCUGAUUUCUUCUUCCCUUAUCAGCGGCCUGUCGUCCAAAACACGCCUGCCCUCUGAAUCAGCACUACAACCACACACAGACAAGGAAACACGCACCUACAUAAAUGCAGUGUACUUGCACCUUCUCCCCUUAGUGUUGCGUACGUACCUCAUUUGUUUGUGCAUUGCAAUGAGGGCCUCCCUGCCAGUCACCUCCCCCAGACAGGCCACCAGGUCGGCCCGCAUGGGAUCAUUGAAUGCGCCCAGUGCGGAGCUGACGGCCAGCGAGAGCUUGUCGAACACUGUUGUCUCGAUGUGGUGGUGGCUGAAUAGUGACGUGAACUCACGGGCGCUCCGGCAGGCGAGUGUCUGGCGCAGCAUCGACGCUGAGGGCGGGAUGAUGAAUCAGAGCAGCACUACAUGGACAGGGAUCUCUUCCCAGCUCAGUCAGAU